AUGGUCGCCGAAAACUACGACGCCGUCCUCAAGGGCAAAUACCCAGGCAAAGCCCAUGCCAAGCGCGUCGUCGACCUCAUUCGCAAAGAUGUUCCCGAUGCCAACGGUAUUAUCUACCUCGAGAGUCAAUUGACUCGCAUGAUGGAGGAUAGCGACGAGCCCGAGGCGUUCCGUCAACGACGAUACUUUUACUACCUCACCGGCUGCAACCUCCCCGAUUGCCACUACAUCUACGACAUCCAAUCCUCCAAAUCGAUCCUCUUCAUUCCUCCCAUCAACCCCGACGACGUUAUCUGGUCCGGUCUCCCCGUUAGCAUCGACGAAGCCCUCUCGCAGUACGAAGUCGACGAGGUCAAGCUGACCACCGAACUCAACGCUACCCUCGCCCACCUCGGCGCCGAAAACCCAAAGUCCUCCGCCUUUGCCAUCGCGAAGCAGGUCUCGGACCAUGUAUCCUUUAUCGGCUUCGGCAACAAGAACUUUGACGUCCUCAAGAACGCCAUCGAGGUGUCGCGCGUGGUCAAGGACGAGUACGAGAUCGCCAUGUUGCGAAAGGCCAACUAUAUCUCUGGUAUCGGACACCGAGCUGUCUUUGCCAAGGCAAAGGCUGCUAAGAACGAGCAGGAGCUGGAAGCUGCUUUCUACGAGCGAUGCGUGGCUCACGGUUGCAAGAAGAUGUCGUAUGACCCUAUUGCUGCUGCUGGAAGGGCUGCUGCUACUCUUCACUACGUUGGAAACGACGCUCCUACAGAGGGCAAGCUCAACCUGUUGAUGGACGCUGGUUGCGAGUACAACAACUACGCUGCCGAUAUCACACGAACAUUCCCUCUGUCGGGCAAGUUCACCAAGGAAUCCCGCCACAUUUACGAGACCGUCCUCAAGAUGCAAAAGGCGUGCAUAGACGUCCUCAAGGAGGGUGUUUUAUGGGAUGACGUGCAUGUUCUUGCUCACCAGAUUGCCAUUGAUGGUCUUCUUGAGGCUGGUAUUCUCAAGGGUGAUAAGGACGAGAUCCUCAAGGCUCGCACAAGCGCUGCUUUCCUCCCUCACGGUCUGGGCCACUACCUGGGCAUGGACACCCACGACACUGGUGGCAACCCCAACUUUGCCGACAAGGAUAAGCUGUUCCGAUACUUGCGCGUGCGAGGCAAGCUCCCAGCUGGCAGUGUUGUCACAGUUGAGCCUGGUAUCUACUUUUGCAAGUUCAUCAUCGACCCUUAUCUCGAAGACCCCGCGCACAGCAAGUUCAUCAACAAGGACGUCCUGGACAAGUACUGGGAUGUUGGUGGAGUCCGAAUCGAGGACAACAUUCUAGUUACCGAGACUGGACACGAGAACUUGACAGAUGUUCCUCGGGAAUUGGACGAGAUGGAGGCUUUGGUGUCUGCGGCUUGA